UUACACCCCGCUGACUGAAACAAACUCUCCGCCUCUCGUCGCUGUUGUCUCCUGCGGUGUGUGCGCUGAAGCCAGCCAAACAGCACUAAAAUGGCGCUUACUUCCCAAGGAACAAAGAAAAAAGUUUGCUACUACUACGACGGUGAUGUUGGAAAUUAUUACUACGGUCAGGGUCAUCCUAUGAAGCCCCACAGAAUCCGCAUGACUCACAACCUGUUGCUUAACUAUGGCCUGUACAGAAAGAUGGAGAUCUAUCGUCCACACAAAGCCAGCGGUGAGGAGAUGACUAAGUAUCACAGUGACGAUUACAUCAAAUUCCUUCGUUCAAUUCGACCGGACAACAUGUCUGAGUACAGCAAACAAAUGCAGAGAUUUAAUGUGGGAGAGGACUGUCCAGUGUUUGAUGGCUUGUUUGAGUUCUGCCAGCUCUCAGGAGGGGGCUCCGUCGCCGGUGCCGUCAAGUUGAACAAACAGCAGACCGACAUUGCUAUCAACUGGGCUGGAGGCCUGCAUCACGCCAAGAAGUCUGAGGCCUCAGGCUUUUGCUAUGUCAAUGACAUUGUACUGGCCAUUCUGGAGUUACUGAAAUACCACCAGCGAGUUCUGUAUAUAGAUAUUGACAUCCAUCAUGGGGAUGGUGUGGAGGAGGCAUUCUACACCACAGACCGUGUUAUGACAGUUUCCUUCCAUAAGUAUGGAGAGUAUUUCCCUGGCACAGGGGACCUGAGGGACAUUGGUGCUGGGAAGGGGAAAUAUUAUGCUGUGAAUUACCCACUGAGGGAUGGGAUUGAUGAUGAGUCAUAUGAAGCCAUAUUCAAACCAAUAAUGGCCAAAGUGAUGGAGAUGUACCAACCCAGUGCAGUGGUUCUGCAGUGUGGAGCAGAUUCUCUGUCAGGAGACAGGCUUGGUUGCUUUAACCUCACCAUUAAAGGUCAUGCCAAGUGUGUUGAGUACAUGAAGAGUUUCAACCUGCCGUUACUCAUGCUCGGUGGAGGAGGCUACACCAUCCGCAAUGUGGCCCGCUGCUGGACGUAUGAGACUGCUGUAGCCCUUGAUACCUCCAUCCCCAACGAGCUCCCAUACAACGACUACUUUGAGUACUUUGGACCAGACUUCAAGCUGCACAUCAGCCCCUCAAACAUGACCAAUCAGAACACCAACGACUACCUGGAGAAAAUCAAGCAGCGCCUGUUUGAGAACUUGCGCAUGCUACCCCAUGCCCCAGGGGCAAUGCAAGCCAUUCCUGAGGAUGCUGUGCAGGAGGACAGCGGGGAUGAGGAGGAGGAUGACCCCAACAAACGCAUCUCCAUCCGUGCUCAUGACAAAAGGAUAGCAUGUGAGGAGGAGUUCUCCGACUCAGAGGAUGAAGGCGAAGGCGGCCGUAGAAAUGCAGCCAGCUUCAAGAAAGCCAAACGGGCCAAAACUGAAGGAGAGAAAGAGGGAGAAGAAAAGGAGAAGAAAGAAGUAAAAGAAGAAGAGAAGGUGCCUGAAGAGGAGAAAAUGGACACAUCAAAGCCAAAAGAAGAGUCCAAGACACCCUGAGGUCCUCCGCAGUAAAUUAUGCCAGCGCAACUGAUCCGGACGGAUCCUUGUUUUUUCUCUUUUUUCUUUUUUUUUUUCAAGCAAGAUUUUUUGGAUAACUCAUCUUUCCAAGGGUGCUGCUGUGGAAAUCCAUGAAGGACUAUACCUUUUAAAUGAGGCCUCCCCUCUCUUGAAAUGGGACAGGGAUCCAAACAUGAUUUUCUAGGUCACCUUUUCAACCUUUGCUGUUUAUGGACUGAAGUCAGUCAGUGUUUGAGUAUUGUUUUUGUAUGCCUUCUCAUUUUAUAUCCUUUAUUCUCUUAUGCUAUGUCAUUUGCCUUCCCCAGUGAAGCUACUCUGUAAAAAUGGCUUAGUACAUGUAUGCUUUUAUAUAUCUGAUGGAUUUAAUUUAUUUAAAUCAUAGAUAUUUUGGCUACUCUGUUUUGUUUUUCAGUCACACUCUUUUCCUGUCUUUGAAUAUGUAGUUGAAGCAUGUUUAUGCAAUAGAUCUUUUUCUGUAAUA